GUCGCCGGUGGGUGACGUCAUCAGUGCGCGUCUGUUUUGAUUCGUAUGAAGCAUGGCUCUGUUUCCUUCUUUUGCUGGGACAUCAAACACUAAUAGCUCUGAUGGGGCUAAAGAUCUGGAAUGGCUGAGCAAUCCGAGUUUCAGCACAGAAGAUGCCUUGAAGACCCACCAGCGAGCCACAGAGAGAACAGGAGCAGAGGCAGAGGAACCGUCUUACUCAAGUCAGCAGACACUAGAGAGGGAAGAUAGCCAUGGCAGAUCGAAGAAACGAAAGAAAGACAAAAAGAAGAAGCGAAAGAAGGAGAAGAAGAGCAGAGAUCAAUCUGGGACCAGUGACUCUGGAUCAGACACAGUCUAUCCGAGUGACCUGUUAAAACAAGAAGACAAUGAUGGGCAGGAAGCUCAGGUUCAGUUGAGUGGGGCUUUUAUGUGGCUGGAUGACCUCCAGUCCCCCACUGAUUCCCCAUUCUGUAUCGACAGGAGAGCGGACCGUGCCAACUGGGAAUACAAAUCUCUCUAUAGGGGAGACAUAGCCAGUUUUUCUUUCUUCAGGUAUAAGCGGAAGGGGAACUCGUGCCUGGGUAUGGACUUCAGGACGCAGGCCGUGAGCUGGGUUGAUGGUGGCCCAGAAAAAAAGCGGGCAGACAAGAAACCUGAACGUUAUUUUUCUCCUUCGACGCGUCAGCUACUUCAUUCAGAUUCCCUGCUGGUUUUGCCUUCGUCCGAGAGCACCCCCACCAGCUCGGAUCCUUACAUCGAGCUUUCAGCCUGCACUGAGGAGCAAAAUUCUUUCACCCAGGCACCUGUAUCAUGGGUCAAUCCACUGGGCAUUUAUGAUGCUGGCACCUCUAUGUGGCUGGAGGGCAAGGGUCAGCCUGAGGUCAAGGUAGAUCAGCAGGAUGCCCAGGGGACCGGCAGCACCCAGCUAACUUCACGAGUGGAGGAGUUUAACAGGAAGCUGCGGGAGAACCCUACAGACAUUCAUAUGUGGCUAGACUUUGUACAAUUUCAGGAUGAGCUAGCCUUUGGUUCCGAGUCUUUUUCUGCAAUCAAGGAGAGCGAUGGUGAUGCGAGGAAGAUGUCUCGUCGUGCCGUUCUGGAGAAAAAGUUGUCCAUCAUGGACAAGGCAGUGGAGAGUAACCCUGGGAGCGUAGACCUAAAACUGGAGAAACUCCGCCUGUGCAAGGAACUGUGGGAGCCUGCGGUCCUGCUUAAAGAAUGGAAGAAACUUGUGUUCGUCCACCCGAACAGCACCUCCUUAUGGAGGAAGUAUCUACUUUUUACACAGAGCCAUUUCAGUACUUUCUCGGUGUCAAAAGUCAACGGCGUGUUCGGAAAGUGUCUGAGCACCCUCAGGGCAGUGCAGGACGGCAGUAUGGUGUCUCACCCUCCACUGCCAGGCACAGAGGAGGACGUUUUGGGGAUCUUCCUCCAGCAGUGCCAUUUUCUGAGGCAGGCUGGACACACCGAGAAAGCUGUGUGUCUCUUCCAAGCCCUGCUGGACUUCACAUUCUUCAAGCCAGACAGUGUGAAAGACCUGCCCACCAGACAGCAGGUGGAAUUUUUUGAGCCAUUUUGGGACAGUGAAGAGCCUAGGAUCGGUGAGCGUGGCGCUCGGGGGUGGAAAGCAUGGAUGAUUCAGCAGCAAAGAGGAGGAUGGGUGGUUCCACCUGAGCCAGAUGAUGAAGAUGAUGAUGAACAGGAGGACUUGGAGAUCAAAGAUAAAACCUGGCCUAAGUGGAAGAUCUGGCUAGAUGUGGAGGCGUCCCGUGAGGCAAAGCACUGGUUGCCAUGGAGACCAGAUAAAACCAAAGGCCAAUCAGAAGACUGUGAGGACCCCGACAGACAGGUUUUGUUUGAUGAUAUAGGCCUGUCUUUGAUCCAUGUAGACAGGCCGGAUCUUCAGUUGCGGUUGAUCCUGUCCUUCCUGCAGUUCCUAGGGCUGCCAGUAUCUAAAAGGACCUCUGCACCUACUUCCUUAAACAUUCUUCUGGACGAUCUCUCUUUACUUGAGGAGGGUCCUGAUGCAGAGAGACCUCUGACCUCUUAUGACCUUCCCACUACUGGGAUCUCUUCAGUGGGUCACAUGACAUUUCUGAGUGACCGCAGGAAGCAGGCAGGGCUUUGUAAGGCAGGGGAGGAGUUUCUGCGGAACGUUCUGGAGCAAACCCUGCCGCUCGUCCCUGCACAUAACCGAACUGCUGUUGCUCUCUGCUGGCUGCAGUAUGAGAAACUUAAGGUGCUGAGGUGUUUACGCAGCGGGAAUAAAAAGCGGGUGAAGUCUCAGGGCAAGCGUAGUAAACGUCUUGCCAAGCGGCUGCUAAAGGAGCCUGAGAACAGGGGCAGUCUGGCAUUAUGGAGAGAGUAUGCCCAUCUGGAGUGGCUUCUGGGUAAUCUGGAAGAGGCUCGCAAAGUAUUUGACACUGCUCUGGUGAUGGGUGUGUCCAGAGGUCUGAUUGACUCCGCCCUCUGCAACCUCUGCCUCCUCUAUGCCCAGUUAGAAGUAGAGCAUGCCUUGAAGGGUGGGACGGCCCCCACAUCCUCCCCAGCUGUAUACAUUCUCACUAAACUAGCAGAAGGUGCUGAGUACACUCCUUUCUCAGGCCAAAUCAACCCAGUGGCCAUACUGAAGGCUCGGAAGACUUAUGAGCAAGCUCUUUUGACCUCUUUACCUGAGCCGAAUGGGAGCAGUAAAAUUAGUCGAACGUCCAGCCUGGUUGGGUGUUUUGGGCUUUUCCAGUACCUGACAAUGGGGAUAGAUGCAGCUGAUGCUGUGUACAGUCAGGCCAGGCAAAGACUGACCUCCAGAGCUGUGAAUUCAGAAACCAGAAGAUCAGAUUUGGAGUCUGUUGCCGUCCAGCAUGUGGACUUGAUGCGCCUCCACACCAACACCAACGUGUUCCCUCUUUCCCGACUCAGACUAGCUCUUUCUGAAGCUCUUUCAUUACUGCCCUCCAGCGCCCCCUUGUGGCAUCUCUACCUUCAAGCAGAGAACCGCUAUCACACUGCAGGUCGUAGCCGAAGGUUUUUCCACAAUGUAGCUAAAACAACUGAAAGUGUUGUGCCGUAUCUGUUCGCCAUCACUGCAGAGCAGAGACUUAAACAGAUGCUAGACUCUGUGCAGAGGUCUGGUCUUCCUAGUGACAUUCUCCCCGUCCUGCCGGAGAAUGGCCUUAGCAACCGUAUCCGCUGUCUGUUUGAAUCUGCUACGGCAACAGAACAUGGAGCUCAUUGUCCUCUGCUGUGGAGAAUGUAUUUGAACUUCAUGGUGUGGGAUGGGAAUGCUGAGAGGGGCAGUGGAAUCUUCUACAAAGCUCUUCAGGGAGUGCCAUGGGUAAAGGGUUUGUACAUGGAUGCAGUGCAGCUGUUUCCAGAACGCGUGCAGGAGUUUUUGGACCUGAUGACUGAAAAGGAGUUGCGCCUGAGACUGCCCAUGGAGGAAUUGGAUAUCUUGCUGGAGGACUAAUGUCUUCCCAUAAUGCAUUGCUGCAUUUUAAUCGUUGUCUGAUACUACAAAACCUACUGAGCUCUAUGAGCUCUAUUGUACUUUUCCAUACUUUGGGAUACAAUAAAUACAGAUUGGAGCAUUACGUUGUCUGGUCUUUCU